AUGGCGAAGAAGAGCAAGAAUAAGACGAAAGGCGGCACAGCCACAGGCGUCUACAAGGCCACAAAAAAGCAACAGAACCAAAGCUCAACGAAGUCGUUCGCCGGGACAAACAAUGCCUUCACACUGGCCGACGAAGCACGGCAAACCAGCCAGCAUGACCACUCAUUCUGGAGCCAGGAGACAAAACUCCGGUCAAUGCCCAUUUCAUUCAUAAGUGGAGGAAUCAGCGAGCCACUCAAGACGUAUGAAGACGCAGAAACGGACGAGUAUCAGCCCAAUACCGCCACGCCCAGUCAACACGAUGUAUCGGAAAUAGAAGGAGACAUAACCGGACACCGAAGCGCACAAACAAGCCACGACGAACAAGGAAGUAAAAAAGCGGCAUCGACAAGCCAUGCAAGCGAAACAGAGAACAGUAUAUUCUACUACGACACCGGUCGUGGCUCGCCGAACACACACCAAGAAAAGGGCAAAUCAUCAAUACUACAAACCCCAAGAGUAAGAACGACCGAAUCGAAAAAAAGCGACAGCGACAGCGACAGCGACAGCGAGAUUAUACUGUUCAGAGGACGGCUGAACCUGAGGCGCAAGGAAAGCGACGCUAUCGACAUGCAAAACAUUCGCACGGAAAUAUACGCAGUUGGAAGAGAGAUAGAAGACCCGACUCAGAGGACGAGUACAGUAGAAAAACAGCCAAUCGAGAAGACGGCAAAACAGAAACCUGCGCGUGGGAGGAGAGGCGGAAGGCAAGCGAAAGCGAAACGAGCUGCCGUAGAUGUCUCAGACGAAGUGGACGAUGGAAUGUUGGCUGACUACAUUGCGAAUAUGCGCGAAAAUGGCGAGAUGCACGAGCUACUGGGGACUGCAACUGCCCUGGAAGAUACCGAAGACGGGAGCGAAAGCAGCGCUGAUGCCGAGGACGACAAAAAUGCAGAGGAGCUGCCCGCCAAGGCCCCCAUGUCAACGCAGUCUAGCAAGCAACUCUCGAACUGGGCCACACAGGAACACGUCCUGGAAUAUUCUGAUUUUGACCCAAUGGACUGGGAGCGUCCUAGUAUCCGGCGUAAACAGGGCAAGGGGCUAAAACAGAAACUGGAUCUGAAGUUCGCCGACAUCGACUCGGAGACAGAACGCAGGCUGCAAGCCGCAUGGCAAAACGAUCGUCUCAGAAAAGCCGAACGAAGAAAGGAGCGCGAGCAACUACACGCCCUGAAACUAAUCGGAGGAAAGAGUGCCGAAAGAAGCGAUGCCAACGAUAUGCGUAUCAAGUAUCCUAAGGGUAUGAGUCUCGAGCAGGUCGCCGAUGAACUAAAAACGUUUAUCAUGAGCUUCGACGAUAGCGUCUGCCUGCCGCCGAUGGAUAAGCACGCCAGGAAAAUGAUACACGAGCUGGCUAGCAAGUUCAACGUGAAAUCCAAGUCUAUUGGCAAAGCAGACCAACGUCGACCAACUCUGUAUCGCACGAAGCGUACGCUACGAUUCGACGCCGACGCCUUCGACACAGCUGUCAAACGAAUUCAUCGCCGGUACUUCCCCCGUCUUGAUUACAAAGGAAAAGGCCCGCAAGGGCAAUCGUCUCGUAAUGGAUAUGCUGAAGCAAGUUACCGUGAUGGUGAAGUUGUCGGUGCAUCUGCUCCAGAGUUGAGUACGGAAAAUCGAGGCAGAGCCAUGUUGGAAAAAAUGGGAUGGAGUACUGGAACAGCUCUUGGUUCGGAAGAUAACAAGGGAAUCCUACUCCCAGUCACGCAGACCAUGAAGAGGUCCAAAGCUGGAUUGGGUUAA